UUUAAAAUAAAUACAUUUCUACUCUACUUAUUUAAAUAGAAAAAGAAAAAAAAACAACUAAUAUUAGAAAACAAAAAAAGAAAACCAAUAGAACUAAGAAACCAACAGUGAUUAGUUAGUUAUUAAAUAACAAAUAAAACAAAACAAAUUACAAACAGAAAUUAGUAAAUAACAAAAUAAUAAAAAAACAAAUAUAUAAAAAAAAAUGAAUGCCCGCUCGCAAGUAUUCGAUUUGACCAUGGAGGGUCGUCAGGUUGAUGAAGCUGUUGCUAGUAUUUUUCAUACGGUGCUAUUCCAUCGCUGCCUUGGUAAAUAUAUGUAUACCGGUGAUGCUCAAUAUUCCAUUGGCACAGUGGGCUAUACCGAUGUCGAUUGUGAUUUCAUUGACUUUACCUAUGUCUGCUGUACUUCCGACAGUCUACAGCGUACCGUUAAUCGGGCCAUCAAUGUAUUCAGUGAGAAAUUACGCUCGAACGAAAGUUGUGGUUCGGGUCAAAUAAGUCUGGAAUUUUUCCAAAAGAAAAAAUCCCGAUGGCCCUUUACGGCCGAAUGUAUACCGUGGGAAGUGUGGACGAUACAUUUGGAUUUGAUAAAGCAUGAAAACGAAGACGAACGUCAAAUGUGCCGUGAGAAUGUGGCCGAUCUGUUAACGGAGAAAGUCAUUUAUAUAACGGAAAUAAUGAAUAGACAUGAUUACGUACCUAAGACACCGAGUCAAAGUGAAUUGGAUUUAAUAUUCGAUACCACUUAUCCGGAUGUACAGCCAUAUUUAUUUAAAUUUGUCUAUUCCACAUCCGAUACGGCGGCACCCUCCAUGGGCAAUGCCGUAAAGAAAAUCAUUAAAGAAACGCUUGCAUUGUGACGCGUUCUCAAACCGUUAAUUUUAACGAAAACUCCUCAAAUAAGCAAAAGACGAAAUCCUGAUCUUGAUAAUAAUGACAUAACAGGCAUAGAAACGUCAUUGCGUCUACUAAGUGA